AUGGAGAAAAUUGAUAACAAUGAAAGUGGGGCUGAAAAAUCAGAACCAAUGAAAGUUGAUUUGAAAACAGAAACAAAAACAGAAACUGAAACAGAAACAAAAACUGAAACAGAAACAAAAACAGAAACUACUUCCACAAUAAAAACAGAAACACCAACACCAACACCAACAACAAUACCAACGCCAACACCAACACCAACAACUACCACACCAACAACAACUACUACAACAAUACCAACACCAACAUUUAAAAUACCAGAAAAUAAUGAAGAAUUAAUUAAAUUUGCAACAGAACAAAGAUUUGAGGAAGGCACAAUUGAUUAUAGAAAUUUAAUAUUUAGAUUAGAAUCAAUGGAGAGUAGAUUAUUUAAAAAUGCACAUAUUCCAACGAUUGUACAAUUAAAUUCAAUUAAAGUUUGUCCAAGAUGUAUUUUUAGAUUCUUAAAUAUUAAAGAAUUAUCAAUUUAUCAAGAAUCUUUAAAUACAUUAUCACAUUUAAUUCAAUUUUUAAUGUUUAAUCAAAAACAAAAAGAUUUAAAUGAAAAUAAACAAAAACAACAACAACAACAACAAGGAGGAGGAGAAGUUGAAAAUUUAAAAAAAUAUGAUCCAAAUAUGAAUGAAAGAUGGAAUAAUUUUGUAUGUUGUUGUUGUUUAGGUAUUUUACAAGAUACAAAUAAUAAGGAAUUGUUUUUAGAUGAAUUUAUAGUAAAGAUGAAAAAUAGUGGAUAUGAAUUUCAAAAUUACUCAUUAGCAUUGUCAAUGCCAACAUCGACUUUGAUUAGAGAGCAAUCGAUUUGGUAUUAUUUAGUUGACAGUUUUCCAAAUGUAUAUUCAGCUGAUAAAAAAGAUAAAUCAAUGGUUGAGAUUAAAGAGGGUGUGAAAUGGGUAUUGGGACCAAUCAUUAGUAGACAAUUAUUCUUCCAAUUUAAACCAAGUAGUGAUUUCCGUGGUAAUAUGCAAUACAUUCACGAGGAGACCAAAGACGACCACCAAUUCCUUCUAUCACUACAAUCUACCAAAAGAGGUGGUAAAAGACAAAAACAGUCUACCAAGCGUAUAAAAGUGGCUUCUGCAGAUUCGUCAAAUUCAGUGAAUGAGUUAUUAAGUAAUACAACAAAGAAGGAGUUUGAAUUACACGGCGUUGUGCCACCAACCCCACCAAAGACAAAAUACUCGUAUGAGCUAUCAUUCAAGCACGAGCCUGUGUUCUUGGCUGGAAAGUAUAAUAAAUUCGUCAGAGAUUUAAGUCAGACACCAUGGGAGUAUGACGACUCCUCAGUUCAGGAUUUAAUAUGUAAAGAUAUUCAAGAAACGUUUAAAGCAGAUUCCAUCCUAUUCACCACAUCCGGUAGGGAGGACAUCGAUGUUAGAAUGCUUGGCGAUGGCAGACCCUUUUAUAUUGAGAUUGUGAACCCUCACAGAAUCUUCUUCAAGAAUCAAGACUUUGAGAAACUAGAAUCCUCCAUCAACGACUCCACAAAGAAGAUCAAAGUCUCAAAUUUACAAUUAAUCACAAAGAAAGAAACCACCAUCAUCAAAGACUCUGGUGGCACAAAACAAAAAAAUUAUCGUUGUUUCAUUUGGACAAGUAGAAUUUUACAACCUUCAGAUCUUGAUACACUCAAUAAUUUAAAAGAUAUACAACUUCAUCAAAACACUCCCAUUAGAGUAUUACAUCGUAGAUCUCUAAUGAUUAGAAAUAAAAAAAUCUCAAAAUUACAUGCAACAUUUAUCAGUCCUCAUUUCUUUAUGUUGGAUAUCAUUGACGCUCAAGCUGGAACCUACAUUAAAGAAUUUGUUCAUGGUGAUUUAGGUAGAACUUUACCAAACAUUGGUUUAUUAUUAGGAAAUUGUGAAGCUGACAUACUUCAAUUAGAUGUACUAAAUGUUGAUUUAAAUUUUCCAGCUAAUAGAAAAUAA